CUAUGUUGAGAGGACUGAGUGCCGAAGUUCCGAGUUUGGAUUGGGCAUCACGGCGGAGCUACAGAAUUUGAAAUUCCGACGUUGACGGAUUAAUCGGCCGACAUCUAGCGCCUAGCACCUAGCAGCUAGACUUAGCUUCUACUUGGCGCAUACAAGUACAAGUAGUCAGAAAAUACACCAGCAAUUGACUGCUACUGCUACUGCUACUCCUACUACCAACGAGUCAAGAAUACAGCUACGGCGAUGGCUACGGCUAUUUACUAAAUUCCCCACGUUGAACUGAACUACUCCAAGUUCCCAGUGCAAGUACCCGUGGACUAUGCUCUUCAGUUUCUGACCCUGCUACUGCCACAGCAUUUCCUCAUCGUCAUCCUCGUUAUUCGUGAAUAGUUACUUGUACCGUACAAUCCAGCACUCCGAAUAUGCAAUAUCAAAAUGCCACUGAAAGCAGCACCAGCACCAGACCCAGCCCCAGUACUUUCGGCGGCGGCGCGCGAGCGAGAGCUCUACAGGUCAGCAACCGGCGAGCGUGCUCAUUCACACGUUAGGAUGUUGAAAUCUAACGUACUUUUACUGCACUAGAUACUACCAGCCAGAUGAAGAGUCGAUGGAGAGGACGGCCGAUGGAGUCAAGAUACCGAAAGCUUCACUUGACCCUUGCUUGACUGCAUUUGCGCAGCUCGGAGCCCUGCGUCUUAACGCUAAACGCGGAAUCAUCACCCUUUCCCAUGGCCAUACCGAGUUCUUGCUGGCAGAGUCCGGUCAGGCUCUUUCUCUACAGAGAGAUGACGACGACGGAGACAAACUUUGGCAUGGUGUGGGUGCAUUUGCAUGUCCUUCGGAAACACACUCCACGAUUGGCUCCGAACUAGUCGAUCAUUUUUGUCGUACUGAAGACGAGUACACGGUCAACACCGAUCUCACAAAGGACGAUAGAUAUAAGAACAAUUGUGUAGUCAAUGGCGAGCCACAUGUUCGAUUCUUGGCUGCUGUUCCUUUGCGCGCUCCAAGUUCGAAUGCAGUUAUAGGCAAUUAUAUCGUAGCAGAUGAUAAGCCCCGCGAUGGCUUGAAGGACACAGACGUUGAAUUUAUGAUUGAUAUGGGAGUGACGGUGAUGGAUUAUCUUGAGGCAGGGUUGAUUAAGAAGAAGCACUAUCGGUCCGAGAGAAUGCUAAAAGCCAUUACCUUGUUUGUUGAAGGAAAGACAAGCUUGCGAGACUGGUGGUUAAAGUGGGGUCAUAGGAUCCAGCAACCCUCGCAGAAAAGAAGACGACAUGCCUCCGUACUCGAAAAGCUGGCGGAUGACGAGUUCGGGGUGCAGGAACCAGUCCCAAACUUGCCUAAAGGCUUCGAUUCCAAGCAAUGGCCAGAAGACGAAAGCCAACCUUCUCGAACACCAUCGUCGAUUUCCGGGACAUCGAAAGACGAUUCUAGAGACAAUCGACCCCAGCUCUCAAGAGUAGAUAGCCAUAUAAAUUCAGCCGAUUCGUAUGGCUCUGUUGCACAGUCUUCUCAAACUUGGAGGGAGCGAAAUAGUUCUGUAACUACAUUAGAGAAUCUUGCGGACCCAAAUGCGGAACAUAACGAAAACAAAUCCUCUGUAUCUUUCGAUUUACCGGUUCCCCCAACAACAGAUAGCUCUGAUGCACCCAAAGGGCUACAGGACGCGCUAGUGUCAAGUGAGAUGAAAGCCGUCUUUUCUAGAGCUAGCAACCUUAUCAGAGAGGCGAUUGGCGUUCAAGGAGUGAUCUUCUUUGAUGCAAGUAUAGGAUCAUUUGGCGGAAAUUUGGAUGGCGCAAGUGUGGAUGAUAAGCCACCGGGUGCUUACACUGAUCAGGCCACCGUUACCAGUGAAGAUGAAAAUGCCAGGAAGCGAUUUACAUCUGACAAUGACACUAGCGGAUCGAGUCAUUCUGAUUCUACAAGUCAUUUGGAGAGCCUCGAAAAGUCCUGUAAUAUCCUUGGGUUUAGUACCCGACGCCGUUCAAGUCUCCGUGGGCACGCGCUAUCACAGGAAUAUGGGAAAUUACCGGAGUCGAUGAUGAAAAGACUUCUGAAGAGAUACCCACACGGUAAAAUCUUCAACUUCGAUCAUGACGGAAACUUUUCUUCGAGCGAAUCUUCAUACACGAGUAACACUGAUAUGCAGACCGAAAAGCCGAUUCUGCCACAAGAAAAGCCAAGACGUAGGCACAGACAUUCAAAGGAAGCCGAUGCCAAAGCCAUAUUGAAGAUCUUACCAGGUGCAAGAAGUGUAUUUUGGUUUCCACUGUGGGAUCAAAAUCGAGAACGUUGGUUCUCAGGUAGCUUGAUUUGGUCAACUUCUCCAACCCGAGUCAUGUGCCCAUUAGAAGAUCUGACCUACCUUGCGGCCUUUGGAAACAGUGCUAUGGCCGAGAUAUCCCGUAUCUCAGCUCGUAAGUCCUCCUAUCUUUUGAUCUUGGUCCAUUUCUAUCGGAAGAAGUUUGCUUUUUAGUGUCUUCGGGUCAUUUAACCUUCAAAAUGGACAACUCAUUGUCCUCUCUGCCAUGAAGUGAUACUCAGAGAAUUUUAUUGACAAGCUGCAUGAGAAAUCUGCUAUCAACCACUGUGACUUGUCUGUACUGAUAGCACAGUUGUUGCAAGUUAUCAUUUUGAUCUUUGUUUGAAUAUUGUUUCACUUCACUUUUGCCUCGAAACAAAACCAACAGAGUGCUGUUGCGCGCUGCUUUGGCACCACGAGACAUUUCCACGUCACACAGCUCCCGCAUUUUGAUAGUUCAUAAUGUUCCAUUCGCGUUAUCCUGCAGUUCCUGUAAUAGGCUAAUUUCAAUGGUCAACAGAGGUUUUGGAGAAAAUGAAGUCCGAUUUCAUCUCCAGUAUAUCUCACGAAAUGAGAAGUCCACUUCAUGGAGUAUUGGCGAGCGUUGAAUUCCUACAAGAAACAACCCUAACCGAGAUGCAAGAGGAUAUGGUAAAUAAUAUCCAUACCUCUGGCAAGGUCUUGCUGGAUACUAUCAACCACGUCCUUGAUUUUUCCAAAGUAAAUAGAAAGUCAAAAAACAAUACCAGAAUACCAAAGACCGCCGGCAAACGCAGAAAGAAGUUCUCGCUUGAUAAACCUAUCACAGUUGAAGCCGAAGUGGAGGAAAUUACAGAUAUUCUGGUAUUAUCAGAAGAAGUGAUCGAAAGCAUAUGCGCCGGUCAUAAUCUGGUCAAAUACGUCAGCAGUCCGAUAGCCGAGCGCUCCUCUUUCGUCAACUCAGACGACCGUCCUAUCCAUAUCAUUGCGGAUAUAGAGUGGCGACCAAGUUGGGUCUUCGAUAUUGACCCUGGAGCUUGGAGUCGGAUCUUGAUGAAUCUUUUCAGCAAUGCACGUGAGUAUUUUCGGAUUUAUCUCUUCAGUCGGAUGAUUCUAGAAACCUUUGUACAUUGUUUACGGCAAACCGAUUUCCCCAGCUGAAUGCUCCCCAUUUUUAUCAUCCAAGCAAAUGAAAAUUCUGACUGGGCUCUUCUACAGUGAAAUACACGAAAGCAGGAUUUGUAAAAAUCUCUCUGGAGAUCGAUAACAGAGGGGCAAAUUCAGGUCCAGAUUCACGAGAAUCACUCUUACUCAAAGUUCGAGACUCAGGAAUAGGAAUAUCUGAGGAGUUUUUGAAGCAUCGACUCUUUAAACCAUUUGCUCAGGAGGACUCUCUAGUUAAUGGCAGCGGUCUUGGCUUGAGUAUUCUUCAACAUAUCAUUCGAGACCUCGGCGGCACGAUUCACUUCACUUCUGAAUUGGGCACAGGGACAGAAGUUGUUGUCAGGCUGCCUUUGACGGCACGGGAUUCAAUCCCUACUAAGCAAGGGGAUGUGGAUAUUCUUUCCGAAGUCCGUGAGGUGGUUGAAGGAUUCAAGUUCCGACUAGAUGGUUUUGACAGAUAUCCGGAUAUCACUGAAACUCCUACUGGUAUUCUUCCUCCAGAAUCGGAAGCGGCAAUGUUGCUCAAAUCUACCGCCCAGUCAAUGCUCAUCGAUUGGUUCAACAUGGAGCCCGUUCUACUCGACAACGAAGCCUCUGGUAUUGAUUUAGUAGUCAUCAUGGAUCCUGGAUUAGGUGAUGUAGGUGUCAAGAAUAUUUUGGACAGCUACGAUAACCAACUGCCUUCGAAGUCCGGUAAAUCUAUUGCAAUAGUUUUGUGCAGUGGCUACCACCGACCAGCACCCCUGCAUAAUUGUGGAAAGUUCCGAAUAUUCUACUUACAACAAUCGUAAGGAACAUCCAACCGUUCUUGUUACUGAAAGCCUGCUAAUGACAAUGUAGUUACGUACCUCAUAAAUUGGCAAAAGUCCUCCAUAGCGCUUUUUGUAAGAGUGACAUCACUGAAGAAGAUCUUCGCACGGGACAAAAUACCGUCGGGGAGCUUCUCAAUCAAGCUGGACCCUCUGUAUCACAAACUGUGGACAAGGUAUUGCAGGACACUAUCGAGACUAAAGACUUCGAACUGGGAGACCAAAAGUCUCCUUCUCCAACCAAUCCCCCGGACCACACAUCUCCACUACCAGAACCCUCAAACCCCGCGCCCACACGACCAAAAGAGAUGCGCGUCCUCCUUGUCGAAGACAACGAAAUCAACCUGAGACUCCUUGUCGCGACAAUGCGCAAACUGAAAAUCAAGCACUACACAGCAACGAAUGGUCUCGAAGCACUCAAUACCUACAAGAAACUCAACGGUUUCUGCGACGUGAUUCUCAUGGAUAUCAGCAUGCCAGUGAUGUCUGGGAUUGAGAGUGCGAGACGUAUCAGGAGAUGGGAGAGGGAUAUGAAAUGCGAGCCGACCAAGUUGAUUGCGCUUACUGGGGCGGCAAAUCCGGCAACGCGGCAAGAGGCUUUUAGUGUGGGGAUGGAUCUGUAUUUGACUAAGCCGUUACCGAUGAAGGAGUUGAGGGAGAUGAUGGAGGUUGUUAGGAAAGGGCGGGAGAAAGAAGGUGGAGAUGUGGGGGAGGAGGAGGAGGGGGUGGAUGACUGA